AUGAUUUUGGCAUCACUGAACCCCGACACUCUUCAUUCUUCUGUCUUCCACUCCCCAAAGAUGCAUCUUUUUCUCUGCUUGUGCUAUCUCACAGGGGUUUUGUUGGCUGUGUUUAUCCAUCAGUCUCCUCCAUCAGUCUUGGUGGAAGUUGGUGCUGAGGUCUCUCUGACCUGCUCCCACAAUCGCUCAGACUUCAGGGUGAUGUUGUGGUUCCGCUCCAGGCCCAACGACACCGCACUGGAUCUCAUCGGGUACGGAUACAACAAGUUCAAUAACGACAGCGUGGAACAGCCAUUCAAGGAAAACUUCAAACUGAAAGGAGAUCUCAAGGCGAAUGUGAAAAAUGGCUUCCUGAUUAUCACAAACGCACAGACAGAAGACCACACUGCCACAUAUUACUGCGCAGCGAGAGAAGCACAGCGUUCUAAGAUCCCACUGUGA